GCAAAUGGCCCCGUUCAUGAAAAAGAUCAAACAAAUGGUUCCUUCGUUCUACAAGAUCUUGCUCGAUCCACCCGCCCAUCAGAUGUCAUUGCAACCUGAUUUUGUCAUGCGGAACAAAAUCCCUAAUGGGGAGAUAAUCCAAUAUGCAAAUGGAGGAUAUUCGUGGAGAUUGAAGAUCAAUCAUAUUAGUGAUGGUUAUUUGUCGAGUAACAGAUCGAACAAUGUGGUUCAAGAGGAUAUCAUGUCGGAUUCUUGUGAUGAAGAUGGCGAAAAAGGUGGUGAUGAAGAAGAGAAAGAAGAAGAUGAUGAUAGUUAUUGGUUGACCAAUGUGUGGAACAAUUUGGUUGACAUCUUGUUGGAUUCUGGUGAUGAAAGUGAUGUUGAUGAAGAAGAGAAAGAAGAUGAUGAUGUUACUUAUGAUUAUGAUAAUGACGACAACGAUGAUGAUGAUGAUUACGAUGAUGGGAAUAGUGAAGAAGAGAAGAGUGAUGAUGAUCCUUUCUUUGUUUCAAUUCUCACAGGAGGUGACAGAAUAUUGUUGUUGUUUCCAGUGGAAUUUGCAAGGUCAGCCAGAAUAAAUCGUCAGGGAACCAUGACAGUAAAGAAUCUGGAUGGAACAGAACGGGUUAUGGGUUUGCGGCUGGAUACAAAGUCUAAGCCGAAAAGGUACUAUUUGUCAACCGGGUGGCAACGUUUCUGGCAAGAAAAUAAUUUGUCAGAAGGAGAUAAAUGUGAAUUCAAGUUCAUCAGAAGUGAACGUAAGUUAUUACUUGCAAAAGUCACCAAGAAAAAAACGAAGGUGGUGAAAAGGGCGAGGGGACGGCGGGGGUCAUGAACAUGGUCAUGAUGUCGAUAUGCAUCCUACAGAAGAUGCUGUACAGGUGAUGAAACAUGCGACUGUGGACAUCCACCUCAAUUAUGUAUUUUUAAAACGUAUUUGUAACCUUUUAAACCUAGAACAUGU